AUGACAAUUGAUGGAGUAACAACACCAACAUUUGAAGCAUUGAAUCCUACUUCCAUUAAUAGUUACUUGUCUGGUAUUAAAGCUUUGAGUGGAACUAAUUUUAAGAAAUGGAAAGAACAAAUUGGAAUUAUUUUGGGAAUUAUGGAUUUGGACUAUGCAUUAAGAGAGCCAGCUCCUACAAAGCCUAAUGAUACAAGUUCUAAGGAACACAUGGCUUUAUAUGAAAAAUGGGAACGCUCUAAUCGCUUAAGUCUAAUGAUAAUGAAAGGCUCAAUUACGCCUGCAAUUCAAGGAGCAAUUCCUGUUUCUGAAAGUGCAGUGAGCUAUAUGAAAUCUAUUGAAGAACAAUUCAUUGGAACUUCCAAAUCCCUUGCUAGUACUCUCAUGAUUAAAAUGAUGACAAUGAAAUAUGAUGGUUUGAGUGGUGUUCGUGAACAUAUCUUAAAGAUGAAUGACAUGGCCUCUCAAUUAAAGGAAAUGGACAUGGAAAUUUCUGAAGGUUUUCAUUAUGUCUUCUUUUCCUGCGCAAUUUGGUCCUUUUAA